AUUCAUUCAUAAAGACGAGACGCCGCUACAGUGGACUGUGCUACUAUAAAGUGCGUCCGACAGACAAACAGGAUUAUUAUCUGGAUUUAUAAACACCUGUAUACAUUUUUAUUACUUCUGACCAAAGGAAAAUCAUAUUAGUGGAUCGUCUUUUGUCUCGCAUCAAGGAAUCUAUACAAUAAAAAUCAUCCCGGAAACUUGAAGGAAUUUACUAUAAACACAACCCGGAUUGCCUUCUUAAUGCAACUGUUUUGGACGGGAAUCGAGAGCAUCUCGCAGGAGUUCAAUAAAGAAACUAGAGGAGGUGUCUCGGCGUCUCUCUGCUCCCCCAGGGAGAUGUUCCAAGGCUUCCCCGGCGACCUCGAUUCCGGCUCCCGCGGUAGCUCUUCUCCGUCUAUCGAUUCCCAGUAUCUAUCUUCCGUGGAAUCCUUCGGCAGCCCACCGGCCACUAGUGCACAAGAGUGUGCGUCUACUGUGGGCGGAGCAGUGGUGGGCAGUGGGAGUUGUGGGGGCGGGGCAGGAGUGGAGAUGCCCGGCUCCUUCGUGCCCACAGUGACGGCCAUCACCACCAGCCAGGAUCUGCAGUGGAUGGUGCAGCCAACACUCAUCUCCUCUGUGGCACCAGGCCAGAGUGGCACGGGAAGCUCCGCUAUGCCCCAAGCAGCCUCGCUUGACCCGUAUGACCUACCGGGCCCGAGCUACUCGUCCGGGCCCUCCUUCCCUGCUCCUAGCGGUGACACCCCUGGGCCGAUCCGCCAGUCCCGUACGCGCAGCCGGAGAACAAGAGAUGAGACUCUCACCCCAGAGGAAGAGGAAAAGAGGCGCGUGCGUCGUGAGCGAAACAAGCUGGCUGCCGCCAAAUGCCGGAACCGGCGCCGUGAGCUCACAGACAGGCUGCAGUCGGAGACAGACAUAUUGGAGGAAGAGAAGGCAGAGCUCGAGGCAGAGAUCUCAGAGCUGCAGAAAGAGAAGGAGCGUCUCGAGUUUGUUCUGGUUGCCCAUCAGCCUGGUUGCAAAAUCCCGUACCACGAGGAGCAGGUGCCCUCGCAGCUCCCGCAGUCCACGCAGCCGCAACAGCCGGCCGUGUCCAUCGUGGGCCUGACUGUGAAGGAGGACACUUUCUACCUGCCUCCCGCCUACACCCCCCACCCCUCUGCGCAGCCACCGCAGCCCGUGCAGCCACCGCAGCAACAACCGGGGAUGAUGCAGGAGGUAGCCUUUUCUAGUUCUUUCUAUGCGCAGAAUGAGCCUACAGUGGGCGGCCCGUGCCUGGUGGCUGAUGCUGGUACUCAUGACAUCGGCAGCUGCAACCCCUCAUACACAUCUUCAUUUGUCUUCACCUACCCAGAGGGAGCCUGCGGGGUCAGCGCAAACCAGCGGAACAGCGGCAGUGAUCAGUCCUCUGAUUCCUUGAACUCUCCCUCCCUACUUGCGCUUUAAGAAAACCCCGGGGACACACGCGCACGCGCGCGCGCAGACAGCCGUACAUGCACACGCCAAAAACACCCAACCACGCGCACGGAGACGGUAGGACCACGGUAACGGCGGCAACACGGGGCGGCACACGAAGCCCCCGUUCCUUGAUACGGAUAUACAAAUGCAUUGAUACGCAAUUAGCCUCGUAAAAACUCAUCCUCAGUCAAUAGUCUCGAGAUCAUUUAAUAAUUUACAACAAUAAAACAAAAGUUUGCUCACUGAAAAAAAGUAGCUUUCGUCCUGCCGCUGUUUUGUGUGUAUUCUUCAUAUAAUCGAACCAGUGCCCAUCUAUGCAGUUAAUGAAUUGUAAAUAAUUCUCACUCCUCAUUUGCAUUUCUGCGGCUUCCGUAUAGAAAGAAACUUUAUUUAUUUGCUAAGCAAACGAUCAUAUUGCGAAAAGUCCUCCCCAUGUUUUGGUUGCAGCUUCCGAGACCACUAUAGCUUUUCGCUAGUGCACCUUUUAGAUGUUACACGUUCCUGACGAGAUCUGUCAGCUUUUAAGGAUGACUUUGAAUACCACCUCGAACCUCAUACAAACGCAUAUUCAUUUCAAUCGUGCAUAGAAGCACAAAUGCUAACGCUCACACAUUUGAGCACUUAUCCUCUCCCAUUUCCCCCUCCUGUUCUGCUCCUCCUCUCCUCUCUCCUGCUGGGCUAGUUCCCGUGGUGGCUUUCAUAACUUUCUGUCUUUCUCUGCCUCUCCGUGCUGACUGUACAGAAUGUAUUUGUUUAAAUGGGAAUAGGAAAAAGACUAUUUUUUUCGAACAGACUGCAAACCAGUCCCUCACUCCACCCACCCCGUCCAUCAGAGUCCACUGUGUGACUUCUUCUCCAUUCGUUCGGACAUGGAAAGGGGUUGACCGUACCCCUGCCCCCCGUUCUAUUUUUUUUCCCUCUGUCCAUCUCCCCCAUCUCUGUUUCUUCUGUCUCCCCUUUCCUGUCUGUCUGUUUUUCUCCGUCUCUGAAGUCCUCGGCCCCUGAGAGCCCACCGGGCACUUCCAGUUCCUGGGACCUCGACUGAGAGCCAGCUAUGCCCCCCUGCCACGCCCCUGCUGUCCCCCAGGCCACGCACUGUCUCGGAAGAGCUGCAGGGAGUUUCGCAAAAGCAGCAAUUUCAGUUCGGCAAAAAAUAAAAUAACCCACCGGAGCAAAGUUCAUGCAAAGUGGCGAAGAUCCUAUUUAAAGGAAACCUGCGGAUGCGUGACAAACAAAAUGCAAAAAAACCAAGCGAGAGAGACUUGAAAGUUUUAAUGCUGUUUCACAUAUGGUGGGAGAUUACUCAAUCGGGAGCAAUGAGGCGCUUGAAACUGAAGACAGAGUAAUGGACGAAGUUUAAAAUUAAAAGCGUGAGUGAAAGGGGAAAAGGAGCAAUCCAGGAAAAUGCAGCAAGCAAGAGGGAAAUCAUGCUGUUUUCAUCCGUAAACCUUCCACUCCACCUGCGGCAUUCUGGGAAAUACUGCAGCCCUGCCUAUCAGCCCCAGCUCCAUGCUCAUGCGCAAUGUUGCCACCAUCCUCUGAUAACCGUCAUUCAUUGUCAUUUGCUUUGGUUUUUUCCAGUUAAGUGUUUUUUAUUAUUGUUGUUGUUGUUAUUAAUAAUUAUUAUUUCUAGUUUUGCAGUUGUUUUGUAUUUGUAUUACUGGUGGGAAAAAAAUGCCAAAAUGUGGCUUAUUUGAUGGUAAUAAGGAAAAGGGGGGAGGGCCAAUACCAUUUCCGUCCCCUUUGCUUGUUUUGUAUGACUUUGUUGUCGUUUGUAUCUCCGUUUGCCGUCGCUCAGCGACGCUUUGCGAAAUGCUUGAGGUUAGGCGGCAAUUUUUCAAAAAGUGUUUUUUAAAAUGUCAGAGUUAAAAAUUUUUCGAAGCUUCUCAAUAUUUAGGGAAGCGGCCUCAGUGUUUCCUGAAUGCCUUCCUCACGCGCACCGCCCCCGGUAUAAGCGAUGAGGGAAUAAGGCUUUUGAUUGGCAGGAUGAUCUGGCGGCCGCCACGCCCCUUUGGUUUCUUUCUGGGAGGCUAAUAAGGAAAACAGUGACGGACACGCAGAAGGAGAGAGAAGAAAAGAAAAUGUAUUUUUGGUGUAUGUACUUGGAAUUUUUUCUGUGAAUUUGUUUGUUUUUUGAGUUUGAGCGAGGGAAAUUACCUGUCUCUACUCGAAACUCUUGCCUGAUUCUGAUGCUGCCGAACAAAUGGGACCCGAAGCUUCUUGGUGUUCAUGUUAUUAUCUUAUAUACUAUUACUGCUAUUGUUACUAUUAUUUUAGUAAUAUACGUUUGGCAACUUCAGAGGCACGUCUUGCACUUUGGACAUUUUUAUACGUUGAAGCAAAUACUUAAGAAUACUAUAUGCAUAUAUAUACAUGAAUGUGUGUAUAUAUAGGUAUAUAUACAGUGAUUGUAAAGUGUGAAUGUUUGGAAUAAGAGUAAUUUAAUGUUUUCUCAAUGAAGAAUAUGGUUGAGGAUAACAUAACGUUCACCGUUUGUUUAGAUAUGAAUAUUUUUCUAAAACAAGAAAAUAGAUGAAUAGAGGAAAAACUUUCCAUAAAUAUGAAAAGCUUUUCACUGCCUAGGACCUUGCUUUGUGUUUAAAUGUGUACACAGAUAUACAUAUAUAUAUAUUAAAAAUAUAUACUAUAAAUGUAUGUAUAUAUAAAGAGAAUAUGAAGGUGGUCACUGCUUAUUUGUCUGUUGUGAUCACAGUUUCAUCACAGCUCUGGACCUGGCGGUGUGCCGUCGCUGUAAAAAUCCAUCUAACAGGUGUCACAAAACACAAAAAUAAACGUGAAUCAGGUGCUCAAAAUCAAGUUACUCACGCUUCAAAGGAAUCUUCAACGGUUCACAGUACAAUAGGAAAACUUCUGUUGGAAACUUGGGUUGUACAUUUGUUCUGCUUUUGUUUUGCUUUAUCCGAUGUGCUUUGAUUAGUACAAAGUGAACUAUUUUACUACGAUGCUAAGCUGAUUUUCCAUAGAUGUCUUUGUUUUUAUAUUUUUAACUUCUACCAGACAUUUGGUGGACGGUAGCUAUGUGUGAUGGUCUCUGCUUUCCAGGUAAAUCCACCAGUUUUUUUUUCCAGACUGGAAAUUUUAAACUUGUAUGUAAGUAAACCUGCAUCUGGGACCAAAAAACAAUGGAGAACAAAAGCGCAGAGGCCCAGGACACGUGGUCUUUCCCAGCCUGACUGUCAUCUUCAGGAGGCUAAUGUAUUGUUAAAGAACCACAGUUCAGCUUCAUUUCGUUUCGUUUUAGUGGGCCGUCCCUUUAAGAUGUGAAGUGCUUUUUAGGGAUUUAUUUGAAUCCCUUUAUGUUAAAAGUUCUUUGUAGAUAAUUAUUCUUCAGCGCUAGGCAGACCUUUCUCAUCAAGGUAAACAAAAUAACUAGCAAAGCUACCGGGGAUAAGUUACAUUAUUUCAACACAGUAAAUCAUAAUAGACCCCAGAAAUAACGUGUGCCUUUGUGUGUGUUUUUUUUUUGUCAUAUUUAUGAUAAUUAUUAUUAUAAAUAAUUAGCAGGCUAUUAUGAAUCUUACCGCCUGCCCAUUUCUAGUCUAUGAAAAAUGGUGGAUUUGAACUGGAUUUACAGUACAAUGUGAAAUUCCAGACAUGUGGUACACGAAAAUAGACCAGCUUUAUGGACACAUGCACAAACACAAGCGCAUACACAGACUCAUUUCAAAUGCUGGAAAUAGUUGUGGAGACACUUUCUUAGCACAUAAUAAUUCAGACCUCUUGAAGAAGCCUGGUUUUACUCAUGUUUUGAAUAAAUCAGGCCAGAAACUGUCAUUUUAAGUCUAUGACCUGGUUCAAAGGCCUUGUUCUUUGAAUGUUAGUUUUAAAAAAUGAACCGGUGGCUAUUGGUGCUUUGCUAGAAGAUAAUUUUUAUGCCUGAACUCUAUAAAGCGUUUUUGGGGUUGUUUGGGAUUAGGAGGCAAAAACAACUGGGCGAUGGGCUGCGUGAAUUCUGGACAGUAGUAAAUUGUAGCUAUAUUGUUUGCUUUUCGCAAUAUGAGAUUAUUGGUUAUGGAGACAAUGUAAAAAAAUACAGACAAUGUAAAAGUCUAGAAUUUCCCCAUGUGACCUAUAAAGUCCAUUAUAAUUGUAAUUUAAUUUGGACCUGCUAUGUCCUAUAGCCCAGCCCAGUGUUUGGACUUCCCACACCAUCCCACCGUCAAAGAUCUAGCUGAACGAUUUGCGUCACCCAGUGCUCUGAUGGGGCAGAAGCAGAGAAAUUGCCCUCCUGGACUGCCUGUGGAGGCAGGCCUGCCAGGACCAGGAAUGGAAUCAUUUAUAUGAGGUGCUAACUGAAAAUCGCUUAUGGCCUUGAAGUGUUGUUUGUGGUUAAGGAUUUUACUUUUUCUCUCUUCAAACUAAUUUUGAAUAGGCAAAGGGUCAUGCGUGCUGACCAGCAGUCUUGCCCCAUGGAAACUAAGAUUUAGACGUGAGAGUCUAGACACGUAACCACUACGCUAAUGUUGCUGAGUAAAUUAGCUUGGUAAGAUGUUGGUACCCUUGACGUGAUUGUAUUUGCCACCUUGCAUAAUUGAGGUUUGGAGGUGAGAAGGACCACGCAGUGCAUACGCUUAUAUGUAAAUGUGUAUAUUAUAUAUAUUAUAUGUAAUAUUCUAUAAAUAUUAUUUUCUAUAUUUUGUCAUUUUGAUGAUAAACGGGAUAUUGUCGCAUAAAAUAUGACCCGGCAAUCUCACACAUCCAGCAACGGCUGUCUUUCUAUUGGUAGAGAAGAUUAGUCAUUAAUAAACUUUGUUGAAGCCAAGUGUUGCAACUGAUUUAAUUGAUUAUAUGAGGUAAUUGAUUACAUGAAGGGGAUUUUUACAACACAGGCCCCCGCAGCUAGUGCUGGCCUGGGACGGUUUUAGCAUUUAUGGGUUUUUUACAUUUCUGUUCAGUUGUCUUAAAAUCUCAGUACUUAUUUGAUAAAAAAAAAAAAUAAUAAAA